GUCAUCAAUUCCCCACAUCACCUGUCCAAUUUACCUCAAGAAUUAAAUGGUACAAGAGAGGUAACGUGUCUGGGUCCGUUGGUGCUUUCAUUAUUGUUCAGUUCGCGGCUAAGAUCGCGCGCAUUCUACCAGAAGAACAACCGUCGCGAGUUUACUAUGAGAUAAACAGGUGGAUUUCCAAGUGACUGUAGUAACUAUUUGUGUUCUUAAAUGUGUUGUUAUAGAAGUAGAAAUGUGGUCUACCAAAUGUUUAAGCCAAAGGCCUAGAUAUAGUGCUCUAGUGAUCGUUUUUCUUGGAUUUAUUAAUGAGAUCGUUUGUCAAGAUAUCAAAUGCGGUCACCCAGCUGUUCCUGUGAACGCUCGAGUAACCCUGAGUUCACCGAGUCUGGUUCCCGGUACGAUAGCCACCUAUCAGUGCGACGAAGGCUACGAAACCUUCGGCAACACACAGACUUCCUGUUCGCCUUCUGGUCAAUGGGCGGGAGAGCUGCCUUUUUGCGGUGUAAACAUAGCUUUUAGGAAACCCGCCAACCAGUCCACCACUGUGAGAGGCGGCACCGCCCUGAACGCCAACGACGGCGAAAAAAGUACAAGCCACGACGGCAAAAGGUGUUCAGAAACGCAGAAAGAGGCCAGCCCAUGGUGGCAGGUGGACCUCUUGAGGCCGUACGCCGUGAAAGUGGUGAGAGUUACCACCAGGGGUUGUUGCGGGCAUCAACCCCUGCAGGAUUUGGAGAUCAGAGUGGGAAAUAGCAGCAGCGAUCUUCAGAGGAACCCGCUAUGCGCUUGGUUUCCUGGGACUAUAGACGAAGGAGUGACGAAGACGUUCACUUGCGCACGUGCCUUGACGGGCCAGUAUGUGUUUUUACAGUUGGUCGGCGUGGAGGGCUCAUUAUCCUUGUGUGAAGUAGAAGUUUUCACCACAGACGAAUUUUCUGUGGACAGAUGUGCCCCCCGAAAUGCCCCCGAGGACUCGCAGCUGGCAGCAUUUUCUAAGAUGUGUUAUGAAUUUGGUGUUGGUAGAGGAGGAUCCUUCGCGGAAGCAAGGGCUUACUGUCAAAGCCACAAUGGAGACUUGGUGCACGACAUGUCUCCUGGUCAAACGUCCUUUAUCUACGCGGAACUUGAAAGGAGGAAACCCAAUCUUAAGACACAGUUGGUGUGGAUUGGAGCCCAAAAAGAGCCAGGGCUCACGUCUAGAACAUGGAAAUGGGUUAACGGUGAUCUGGUGCAGCGCCCAGCAUGGGGAAAGGAUCAACCCAACAAUUACAACGGUGAACAGAACUGCGUAGUCCUUGACGGUGGGCGCGGGUGGCUCUGGAAUGACGUAGGAUGUAAUCUCGAUUACCUGUACUGGAUUUGCCAACACACUCCUUCUUCAUGUGGAAGUCCGGACAAGCUAAUAAACACGACAAUAGUUGGGGACAAUUACGAUGUAGGAUCUAACAUUGAAUAUAAGUGCCCCGAAGGACAUAUGCUUACGGGUGAUGGUAAAAGAAGUUGUGGAAAAAAUGGAUUUUGGACUGGAAUUGCCCCAACAUGUAAAUACGUCGAUUGUGGAGACUUGCCAGACUUAGAACAUGGCACCGUCACAUUAGAAGACAGACGGACAACUCACGGUGGAAAAGCUGUUUACACUUGUCACGAAAAUUACACUUUAAUAGGACACGAGAUGCGAAUAUGUGGAGACGACGGAAAGUGGACCAAUUCCACUCCAGAAUGUUUGUUUGACUGGUGUCCUGAUCCUCCAGCUAUCCACGGAGGAAUUGUCAGCAUAUCAGGCCAUCGAGCUGGAGAUACUGCCACAUAUGCUUGUCAGCCGGGAUACAUUAUUUUUGGACAAGGGAUUCUUUCUUGUGGACUUGGUGGCAAAUGGUCUGGCAAAGCACCUUCCUGCAAGUUUGUUGAUUGCGGAGCCCCACCUAACAUUGACAAUGGAAGAUACGAACUUAGAAACGGAACUACUACUGUAGAAAGCAUAGUAGAGUACCACUGCGAAGACGAUUACUGGCUUGAUGGACAGAAGGUACAGAAAUGCACGAGGGAAGGAAAAUGGUCUGGUGACGCCCCGUCUUGCGAACUAAUAACUUGCGAGGAGCCUGAAGUGCCGCCUGGCAGUUUUGUUGUGGGAUACGACUUCAACGUACAUUCUACCAUCAAAUAUGACUGUGAAGUUGGUCAUAUCUUGAGGGGAGAAGACACCCAUGUUUGUGAAAGAGAUGGGGAAUGGUCAGGAACUACGCCAACUUGUGAAUACAUCGACUGUGGUAAAGUACCCACCAUGCCAUAUGGAACAGUGGAAUAUGUUAAUGGAACUACAUAUUUAAAUAGCAUAAUCACUUAUAGCUGUGUUAGGAGUUAUAGACUGAAUGGAGUACCAAAGAGAAUAUGCUUAGAAAAUAAUCAAUGGAGCGAUUCUUCUCCAAAAUGCGAAGAGAUUCGAUGCCCGGAGCCAAUUCUGGCUGACCACAGCAUCCUGUCAGUAACUGGCAACGACAGAAUGUACGGCAGAACACUGAUACGAACGGCAGAAUCGACGAAUGUAGGAGCUACUUCAUACAAAAUUGGAGCGUUGGUUAAAUAUAGAUGCGAAAGGGGAUACAGGGUUGUAGGAGAGCCACUAAGUACCUGUGAAGAUACAGGAAAGUGGAGUGGUGAUGUGCCACAAUGUGUCUAUGUUGACUGUGGCAGUCCAGAAAUCAUGGACAAUGGAAAAGUAGUACUUCCUUCUAACGCGACUUAUUACGGUGCCCUGGCAUUAUACGCAUGUCACCCAAACUUUGAAUUAGACGGAGUAUCAAGGAGGCUGUGCUUAGAAAACGGAACGUGGAGCUCAGAUGCUCCUAGAUGUAGAGAAAUACAAUGUAAGGAACCAGAUGCCAUCGAAGGUGUAAACUACAAAGUCAGCACACUUAGCGUUGGCGGUGUUGCCCAAUACAGGUGUCCUAGGGGACACUCAAUGCAAGGAAAUUCAACUCGAAUCUGCCUAAAAACAGGCAGUUGGAGCGGGAUUGCACCUAUCUGUACCCCUGUAGACUGUGGACACCCAGGUACGAUAGAUAAUGGACGAAUAAUAGUAAUGAACGGCACAACAUAUAGCAAUGCAAUUGAGUAUCACUGCGUUCCCAAUUUUGAAAGGAUUGGCCCCUAUCUGAGGAAAUGCAUGGAAAAUGGGGAAUGGUCCGGAGAAGAACCAAGAUGUGAAAUGACUACUGGAGAACCCCAAGAAACAUCUAACCUGGGUUCUAGUAUUGGAAUUGGAGCUGGAAUUGUACUUUUCCUUUUACUCCUUCUUGGAGCCACUUACUUGAAAUUACGGAAACCAGUUGCAGUCAAGAACACAGAAAACGUCGAAGGCGCUGAAAGGAAGGAAGACAGAAACGCAGCGGUAAUGAGUUACGCUACCCUCAGCGAUCGAAACGGUUAUGCACACCCUAACCUAGAGUCAACGAAUAUUUAUGAAAACAUCCACGAAGAGAACUUGUACGAUGCUCCAUACGAAGAAACAAGUCGAGACAGUGGCACUUACGAACCAGAACCAAUCGAAAGGAUUUACGGAAACGCAGUGACUAUUAACGGAGUUGCAGUGCGAUAACACUAUGCAACUUAGUACUUUUUUGACUUGACUGUACAAAUGCUAACCAGAAGAGGGUAUGUUUAUUGACCAAAUCAAAAUUUGAGGGAAAGCGGAAAUGGAAGUAGUUUAUUUAUUGUCGGUUUCUGCAUCCAUCCAAGAUUUAUUUAUAAUAAUUAAUGAAAUUAAUAACGCAAACCAAAAAUGACGCUGAUGAUAAUUGAUGUUUAAAGUAAAAUCUCAAUAGUCAUUCGUUGUAAAGUACGAUAUGUAAAAUAUUGUUUAUUGUUAAUAGUGGGUGUGUCUGUGUAUGUGUGAUACAUGAUGAUUUCUGUCGAUCAAACUUGUAAAUACUCAUUUUGUAUUAAAUUUGUAGAAUAACUGUAUGUAUAGUUAAAAUAUAUCUAUAUAAUUUU